UGAGAACGGAAUGAAAACGUUUUGAUACAAUAACCAAUAAGUUAGCUAUUCCGACGCGUCGUAGCCCCACUUACUAGAGAGAGAAAUUCAAGUUCAAAAGACGGAAAUAUAUAUUCCAGAAGCAACCAGAAGCACGAACAACAACAAUAAGCACAACGCAAGCGUAUAUAUAUAUAUAUAUACAGCAUAACAAUGUCCUUGGGAAACGGUACAAAAUAGCGUACUAAAGACAAUGAAUCAACAGUAUUUAAAUUCCUCCCAAAUGGGGAAUUCGACAUCAAGGCGAAAAUGGAUGAUUUGGCGCGGAAACAAGAAAUUCAUAUUUUUAAAACAGAAUUGCAAAAAUAAGGUAUUUAUAAAGUUAGUCCCGGGGAUCUAACAUCCUCAACAUAACCUAGAUUUUCUGUACAUAAACAAUCCUUUGGACAAAAGCAUUUCUUCCAUAUUUAGCGCCUUUUCUCUAGUGUUUAAUUCACUAUGUAUAUUUAGCCUGAGAGUUACUAGAAGUGCUUCGGAAUUGAAUCUAGAAGACUUAUCAAAAUAUAUUUAGAAUCUCGCUGAAACUGAUGACGUUAUCACGAUAACUACUGAUAUAUCUCCGUUUGCAGAUAAAAUGAAAUCACUUAAUCAGUUCAAUACAAAAAUUCCUGAUAAACCAUAUACAAUAUUUGCACCAAGUACUAGAAAUGCUGAAAAAUAUAAAGAUUUUACAAAUUCUGCUGAACACAUUGUUCCAGGUCGAUUUUAUUUGAAAGAUUUAAAAAGUGGACUACAGCUAAAUACUUUGGAUCCUAAAAGAAAACUUUAUGUAACACGAGAACAUUAUGGAACUGUUUCAGUUGAUUGUGUAGAACUAGUUGAUGCAGAUAUGGAAUGUAACUCUGGCAUUAUACAUACAAUUAGAUAUCCUUUAACGAAUAUACGAAACUUAGACAGAUCAUCUAUUCUUAGCUUAUUGGAAUCUCAUCCAGAAACUCAAGCAUUUGCUAAAGAUUUAUCCGCAGUAUUUAAAAAUAAUUUCAAGAAUAUUAACUCUAAUCAACGAUAUACUGUAAUAGUACCAAGUCAAAAGACAUGGGAAUUAUUACGUCAAAAGUAUUCAGGUGAACAACUACAAAAAAUUGCAGCUAAUCAUGUUAUAUCAAAUCAAUAUUGUUCAGGACAUUUAAUUCAUUCAUUAGAAAGUUAUCAAUCAUUAUUAGGUGAAAAACUUGAAUUUAUUUGUGAAACAGAUUCAACUGGUAAAGAGAAACAUUAUGUUCGUACAAUAUUUGGUAAUAAACAUGAAAUAACAAUAACUGAUUUAACAGCUACAAAUGGUGUAGCACAUAUUAUAGAAGAUACAUUAAUUCCACAUUCUGUUAUAACAUUCAAAGAAUUCAUUCAGAAUAAACAAUAUGGUGAAAAGUUGAAAGCUACUGAAUUUCUAAAUCUUCUUAAUGAAUGUGAUAUAAAAAUGGAACCAGGAGAGAAAUAUGCCAUAGUUUUACCUCAAGAUAGUUCAAUGAAAUGGUGGUCAACUUAUCCACAAUUUCAAGAACAAUAUAAACGUUUUCAAGUUGAUAAAGAAUAUCGUUGUCAUGUGGCACGUUAUCAUAUUAUGAAAAGUAAUGAUCGUUUAAAUAAUAUUGGUAACUUCGCUAGUCAUACACAAGGUCAUCGUACACUUAAUCCAAAUGAACCAUUAUAUGAAACAACUUAUUUUAAAAAAUCUCCAUAUGGAUCACAACCUAAGGUGGUUCAAUGGAAUUUACCUGCUCGUGAUGGUAUUAUUUGGUUAUUAGAUGGUAUAUUAAAAUGUCCUGAAAAAAUUUGUCCAUUAAUUGUUGAAGAUGUAGAUUAUUAUGAUGUCUAUGUAAUGGCAUGUCAAACAUCAGUAUUACCUGGUGAAAAAGAUCCUGUUGCACAAUUUGAAAGUAGACCAUUAGAUAUUGCAAGUCGACAUCCUAGUCUAUGUACUGUGGUAUUACAAACAAGUGAAACGACGGUUACACUUAUUGAAUCUUAA